AUGGAUCGCAGCAAUGCAGAAGCAACCGAGUACCUCACUGCUCUACUGAACAAGACCCUUCGCAUCCACACCACAGACUCGCGCAUCUUUGUCGGGACCAUGAAAUGCACUGAUCAAGUACGUCCUUCUAUCUUCCUUCACACAACACCGCUCAUACUAACUGAAUANCAGGAGCGCAACAUCAUCCUCUCCCUUGCGCACGAGUACCGCCAACCGCCAUCAAGUGUAGUCGAAGACGCAGCAUACCAGAUGCAACUCAAAGGCGACACCGGAAACGUCAAGGUCGACAUGGUCAAGAGAUUUGUCGGACUGGUCGUUGUGCCAGGAAGAUACAUCACCAAGAUCGAGGUUGAGGAAUGA